AUGCUGCAGAACAAGGUUGCCGUCAUCACUGGCGCCGCCUCGGGCAUCGGCGAGGCGGCUGCCAGGCUGUUUGUGAAGGAAGGCGCUCGCGUGGUGCUGGGAGACAUCCAAGGCGACAAGGUGAGCCAGCUGGCCGGGGAGCUGGGCGGCGACCGGGCUGUGGCCCAGGACGCCGACGUGGCCGCCGAGGAAGACAUCCAGCGCCUCGCCGCCACCGCCCUGGACACCUUUGGCGGCCUGGACGUCUGGUGCUCCAACGCGGCGGGAUUACCCGCAGCGGCUGCGGCCGGAGACCUGCUGCAUGCAGGAUACUACGGCCGCACCGGCCUGUACUCUUCCGAAGCGCUGAUGGAGAGCCUGGACGCUGCGGAGUUCGACAAGCAGGUCCAGGUCAACCUGCGGGGCGUGGUGCUGGGCACCAAGCACGCGGCCCGCGCCAUGAAGGCGCGUGGCGGCGGCGGCGGCUGCAUCAUCAACACCACCUCCAUCGCCGGCCUGGAGGUCAACUGCGCGACCCACGGCGACCCGGCCUUCGUGGCAGCAGGCGGCAAGCACGGCGUGGUGGCGCUCACCAAGCUGGCGGCGUGCGAGCUGGCGCCGUACCGCAUCCGUGUGAACGCCGUGGCGCCAGGCUACACCGCCACCCCCAUGCUGGCCAAGGUGAUGGGCCUGGAGGGCGCCUCCAAGGAAGAGUUUGUGGCGGAGGUGGCCAAGGCGUCGGUGAUGCCAGGGGUGGCGCUGCUGCCCGAGGACAUCGCCCACGGCAGGCUGUACCUCGCCAGCGACCUGGGGCGAUGCGUGAACGGGCACACCCUGGUGAUUGACAACGGAGUGCUGGCAGGGGUGGCAGGCUACGUGCCGGGGCUGAAGGUUCCAGUAGGCGUGUGA